AAAAAAAGAACGAGGGAUUCCCGCCGUUCCACUCUUGGCUUGAGGUCGCUGUCGUGUUGGUUUCCACCUUUCUGACGUGUCGACACGGGAACGCCGACCGUGCCAUGGCCACCACGCUGCUUGCUGCAGAGAAGCAGGAGUUGGCCGACAAGGCCGCGACCGUGCCACUCGUGUCGGACCGUGAAACACACGAAACGGAGGCGAAAGAGAAGGAGGUCGACUUGGAAACCAUCAAAGAUGCGACGCCGGAGGAGCGGGAGCAGAAGUGCGAGCUUUGGCUGGAGAAGUAUGCACCUGACGGGCCAUACAUCCAAGAGACGACAGAGACCGAGAAGGCCAUCAAAGCAGAGCAUCCUGAGUACGACUUGGAGGGCGCCCUGAAGAAACAUGCAGACUUUGCUGCUUACUUCUUGGACCUGACCGAGUUCAUGCAGGAACAGCUGGAGAAGGAGGUGGAGCUGGACGAGUUGUUCAAACGGUUUCAUGCGCUGGAUGGUGAUCCAGAGGAGUUGAAGGCGAAGAAGCAGAAGUGGUCGGACAAACGCGCAGAGAAGCUGGCGAAGCUUGCAGCCCUGCGUGGCUGAGUGAGAGUGGCGUUUCCCGGCGGCCUCCGGUGAAUGCGCCGAACCGUGUCAGAAUCCGAUCUUCCUCACGGUGGUGUGAAGCAGGUGAAAGAGGCCACUCCAAUCAGCCAACCAUGGAGAUGUGGGAGAGAAAUGCUUACUUUCCAAACAACUCCGGUUCAGAACAGCUUGGGAAGAGACACUCUGGGGGCAGACGUAUGGAGUCAAUCAACCUGUCUGGGGCUUUCCAAAACAGGUCUCCACAAAAUGAUAGCGAUGGAAGACCAACUACUCUACCUGUCAGAUGUCAGAAAACUUUGGAGCAUGGCGCAGGUGAUAUAUAGAAGACAUGCAACUUGGAGUUGGCUUCACGCAUCCUGAACGUUGGGCGCUUUGUGCUUGGGUACCACUGUAACAUGUACUGUCCAGCCUGGCCCUUGCCUCUGAGUGUCAAACACUCGAGUGCCACAGAUUUGUUUCAAGGAGAAAAGGAG